CCACUUUUUCUCGCGAGAUUAACCGUUGUCUGGCAACCAACAUAAACUGCAGCCAACAACAGCCUUCCAAAAUACGCUGUUAUUUUCGGCAGUUCAGUCAUAAAGACCGGAGGGAAAAGGUCCAACAAGAGAAGACAUGGCUGAGUCAUUGGAGGAGUUCCAGAUGGUCCUCAGUGAGCUCACUGAGGACCAAGAGGAGCCAAACAUGGGCAAGAUUCGUGAAGAAUAUGAAAAACUCCUGAAUGCGCUGACUAAGUCCUACAACAACGAGAAAAGGCUCAUGACCAAAUGCAAGGAACUUAGUGCAGAGAUGGCAUCAGCCUCAACCAAAUUUGAAGCUGCACGCAAGAUGUCUCAAGAUGAUGAGGCAACAAUGACUUCACUCAAGACGGAAUUAGAUAAAGCUUGGAAAAUGGUUGAUGCUGCCUACAAUAAAGAGCAAGCCAAUAUGGAGACGAUCAAAAAUUUACAAGAGGAGGUUGCCACCCUAACACAGCUAGCAGAACAACAAAGUAUGGCCUCUGCUAACCAAGAUCAGAGUGAGUUGUUGAAAAUGAUUGAAGACUUAACGAACGAGCGUGAUCAGCUUCUGACAACAGUGGAGAGUCUCAGAGAACAGCUGAGCAUUGCCAGCGCAAGUAAGCAGAAAGCAGAGACACAAAGGGAGGAGGCCUUGAACAAUAUUUCUCAGCUCCAACAUGAGAUUCAGUUACAACAGAAUGAGAUUUCCCGUGAGCAGAGGUUAAAAGAGAAACUGGAAAAAGAGGUGAAUGAAAUGGCCACUGACUUGGAGACAAAGGUUCGAGAGAUCCAAACGGUGAAGAAGGAUCUCCAAACCUCCAAAGAUGAGCAGCUGAGAUUAGCGCAACAACUGAAAUCACUGAAGAUUGGCUUUGAGAAACUCACCAAGGAUCUGGAGCUGUUGCAAAAUAAAACCAACAAGCUGCAGCGAGACCGAGAUCAACUCGUAUCGCUCAGGGAGCACCACUUUUGGGAGAAUCAGAAGAAUUUAAAUGAGAUUAAGCUGAAAGAAGAUGCAAUAAAUCAGAUGCGUCAUGAGAUUUCCAAAGAAAGAAAGAUGAAAGAAGCUAUCCAAAAAAAGUUCCGUUUAGUGGAAGAACAGAAAGCCGACGUGGAAGUGCAGAGAGGGAUUCUAAAAGCUAGGAUCACCGGUCUCGAGAAAGAGUUUGAAGGUGCAAAAAAGCAAGUCGAAGCUGACAAGAAAGUAAUCUCUGACCUAACCAGGGAACGAGACCUCUUGACAAAGACAGUGGCCAAAGCCACAGAGUCAGUGGAGGUACAGCAAUGUCUUGUGAUGGAGCUUGAGAAUGACAAAAGGGUACUCCAACAAGAGAUUACUGGCAUUUGUGUGGAGGGACAGAAGCUGCGCAAAUUCAUCCAGGAUCUGGAAAAGGACCGUGACCGCUACAUCAACGACAACAACAACCUUUUGCAAAAGAUGCAACAAAAAAUUAAUGAACUUGAAACAAGUGAGAUGGCAGUCCAUAACUGGAGAAAGCGAGUCACGGAGGAAGAGUGCAAGCUGGAAAGGAAAGAGGAGCUAUUGGAUUCUGUGAUAUCUGAAAGGAACCACUACAGCAAAAACCUUGUUGAUGCUCAGGAUGGCAUUGCAAAGUUGAAGAUCAAGAUGAGGGCGAUGAACAACCAGAAUACUCAGUUGAAGGAUGAAAUAGAAGCAAAGGAGUUGGUCAUUCACAAAGAACAGCAGCACCACAAACGCUUAGUGCGAGAUAAUGACAAUCUCAAGGGACAACUGAAGUUGGUAACUCAGCAACUGGAGGAAGAAAUUCGACGUGUUGAGCAGCAGAAAACAGAACAAGAAAGACUUCAGAAAAUUAUUACUGACAGAGAAACUGAACUCAUGCAGCUGAAAAAACAACUGGAUCAAGUGACCAGGGAACGAGACAACUUGGGAAAGCAGCUGCUACGGCGCAACGAAGAACGAGUUCUGUUGUAUGAGAAGGUCAAGAUCCAGCAAUCCAUCAUAUGUAAGAGGGACUUUCACCACAACCAGAAGAUGGAAGACAUCCGCCUCCUCAAAUUGGAAAUCAAGAGAAUCAGGCGUGAAAAGAAUAUCUUGGACAAGGCUGUACCCAACGCAGAUGAUCUGAAACGAGAGCUGUUUGCCCUGCAAAGGGAACUGGCUCGAGAAAGGACGAGGAACGGUGUUCUUGAGGAACAGCUAAACCCCAUAAAUAUUCACAGAUGGAGGCGACUGGAGGGCAGCGACCCCUGCAAGUAUGAACUGAUCCAGAAGGUUCACACUUUACAGAGAAGACUCAUCAACAAGACCGAAGACUUUGAAGAACAAGAAUUCUUGUUACAGGAAAAAGAGAAGCUGUAUGUCGAGCUGCAGCAAAUUUUGGCUCGACAGCCUGGUGCUGAGGCACUUGAGCAGCUUCAGCAUUGCCAAUGGACAUUGAGGGAAAGGACCAAAAAGCUAAUGGCACUGACUGCAGAGGUGAGAGUACUGGACUCAAAGAUGAAUGAGUACAAAAGCGAGAAUCAAAAGUUGAUCACUGAGCUGGCAGACCUCAAGAAGAAGUAUUUCACUCAGAAAAAGCUACAAAGCGACAAGUCCAAAACCAAAGGGGAACACUUGGUGCUACCUCAGCUCCUCAACAAGCCGCAUUAUGCUGGCGGAGGCUUCAAGUUUGAUGAACUUUUCCGAUGACGAGUGAGCAUUUUUUUCAAAACACCCUGUGAUAAUUUAACCCUUUUAUGCACCCUGUAACCGGAUAACAUGGUAAGAUGUCCACUGUAGCUGUCCCUGAAAGGCUUCAUGUUGGUGAAUGUCACUCAUCAAAUUUGCCUCAGGAACGUACCACUCGAUCCUCAGGUGCCUUCAAAGAGAACGUUGCAUCCGGAAAGCAUUGAAUGUGUGAAAAUACAUGGAUAAAUUAUGUAUCCCUAUUAUGGUUGAAAGUUGAAACACACAUAGCAUAGGCACAGUGGAAGAGAAAUCUUGACUGCAUUAUUAUCAGAAUAUUUUUAUACUAUAUUUUGUACAGGUCUUAGUAUGAAUAAUUUCACAUUUCUUGAUGUGUUUUCAAUUACAAAACUGUUCGAAAUUCUCAGGAUGUGUGUAAUCAUGGGAUACAUUUUGUGUGUUUUGAUUAAAAGCGCACACAUAUCGAUGAGAACAUUUGUUUUGUUUGUGUUUUGACAGCAUUUCCAGAUUAGCAUUUUGUGCAUUGGGUUAAUUUCAGUGGCAAAUGCACCAAAAGCAGAAAUUGAAUGGCAGUAACUUUGGUAAUUAAUUUAAAUUUGUAACUUUGGAGGAGGAAAAAAAAUCACAACAAAGCUUUUCCAUAUAUAAUCAGUGGAAACAACCCUGCUAUUUUUCAGCUCCGCAAACAAACACACGAGACAGGAGUGUUUCCGUCAGUCAUCAGCAAAAC